AUGUUUACUGCAAGGGCAACCUCACUACGAGCUCUGUCUCGCGCACCAUAUAGGGCCAAGUGUCCAGCAGCGACGAGACCGUAUGCAACAGACCAUGAGCAGCGUACGAAGGAGACGCUGAAGACAUCCUCGCGAUUGACAUGGCUCACCACAACCGCCGCAGUCGGCGCCGCAGCCCUCUACUACACCACCAACCCAUCUACUUCCUCCGCCUCCUCCUCCACGUCCUCUAAGCCUCCAGCGCCUGCACCCUCCUCGAAAACUCCUGAUACCACCCGACCAGGGCAUCGCCACGAAUCUGAGUACGCCUCUGACGUGCCCAAGCCCGUGGAAGACCGCCACGGCGACAGCGUCACCAAACACAGCAUCGCCGCGCACAAGAACCAGAACAAAGUUCGCGAGGGCAAGUUCUCGGGCAAGGAGUUUGAUAAUCACGAGCUGGUGCAUUCUCCGGGGAAGCCUGGAGGUGACUUCGAGGUGAAGCGGUAG